AUGAGUAAUCGGCGUCCAAUCGAUUACAUUCAAAAGCCGUCGGAACCCAGCCAGCCGCCGACUAAACCUCCUACUGCCGAAGCGCAAUCGUCUAGUUCGGGGACACGUUCAGAUACAGAAACUUCAAAUUUGACGAAUCUUUUCGAGGCACAAUUACACGUUGAUAAAAAUCCGACCGAUGCGGACGGAAAUCGACGUCGAGAUCUAUGGACACCGGGUAAGACCGAUAUCUAUUGUUAUAAUAUUAUUAUGCAGUGUCGAAUGGGUUUUUACUCCGGCUGUCGGAGCUGGUUUGUUUUUUUUUUUUCAAACUAUUUUUUAUACCCGAGCGUUCUACGCCAAGAGUUGCGUGUGUCGUCGGUCACUGUGACUGUCGACUGACGAGUCGGUCGACACUGUACGGCCAACAAAUUGGUAAUAUUUUUUUGUUGAUUUUACAACUGGUUUUUCGUAGUGCACCCAACUACGUCUGCUGCACUAGACUAGGCAUUUUCGGGAUUUAUCGGUGCAACGUGAACUGUACAGGUACUGCGGAUCGGACGAACCGCCUUGGCCCGUCCGUCCGGCAGACGACCGAUCGACAAACGGUUCGCGUUCGCCAUUUUUACGUUGUGUCAUUUCCGCGAAAGAACCGCCGCGUGAUAAGGACGGACGGAUGGAUGGUGGGAAAUGUAUAAAUAUAAAUCGCUGACGGAAAUGGCCGGCGUGCGAAUGUUCGGUAAUCUUAUUAAAAAAAAAAAUCGUCGGCAUUCUUAUAGAAAAUAGGUAUCGGUAAUCGUUAUGGUAUUCCGGAAUCGGGCGUACGCAUUAAUAUUGUGGCGGCGGUUACAGUGGCGGCUAUGUCGAUAAACAUAACGGGUGCUCACUUAAAACGGACUAGUGUACCCCUUAUAGUAUUUCGGGUAAUCCGGCAGAUUACUCAUCUCGUAAAAAACGUUUUCACCUACCGACAUUCAAAGUUUAUUUUAAUGGGGUUUUCAAUUCUUUUACAAUUGGCCGUAUAAAAAUCGGUUAGGUUUUUAAAUGUAUUCACUUCACAUCAGUGUGGGUGGCGUAACUAGAGGGGGGGGGGAGUGAUGUGGGCGAUAUAUCAUACCCACAAAACCUAUUUUUUUUCUACGUUAAAUGUUAAUAUUGACAUUAUCUAUAUAUAAUAAAAUAUUAAUAUUACUAAUGACGAAUACUCAAAUCACUCCCCAAAAUAAGUUCCUAGUUACUCAACUGCUUUACACAUGCCGAUAUACUAUAAUUUAUACUCUAUAAAUUACUUACUAAAUUACUAAAUACUAAGUACGCGUGAAUACAUUGUAUUAUGUGUGGAUUUGUAUGUGUGUUGAUAAUACAAACAUAUGUAUUCAUACGACCAAAAUAUGUACAUGAAUUUGCGUUAAAUUACUCUAAAUAUAUUCUUAACCUUGCUUAUUUGAUUUUUGUUCUUAGUGAAAUUAUGUCGUUCUGGAAAUAUUAUUUUAAAAAUUAUUAUUUACAUAAAAAAAUUGAUACAAAUUAAUAAUAAUUACUUAAAAAUAAAUUUAUUAUUAACCAAUUUGAUUACAAUGAAUUACAAUAUGCAUUUAUAAUUUUAAAACACAAAUUAACGUCGAUCGAGUUUCUAUUUAUAGUUUGGAAAUAUCAUUAUCACAAUACAAUCUUAUCAUUUAUGUUGACUGUUAUCACGUAGAUUUUUGUUUCCACCCGUCUUAGGCCAUAGACAUAAUAGAUUCAUUUAUAAUCUAAUAUUCUAUUAAUCUAUAUAGGAUGAUAUAGUAUUAUGUAUUUAUGUCUAUGUAAAAUCAAAGAACUUGUGAGUUGAAACUGGAUGUCCGAGACCUAAUAGUUACAACACACAAUUACGAACGGAGUGCUUGAGCACAUUUUCAGAUGCGCGGUAGCCGCCACUGAUUGUUGAUUUACCCUCUGCGGUACGAACCCAUAACGUUAUUUGCCGUAAUGUUAUGCAUUUUCCGCGGGGGAGGUAGGCAUAAGUGGCGUAGUGGCGGUCAGGAGUAAAUGGGUUAAAGGUCGCAAGGACAUCGUCGGUGCAUUAUAAUAUCAUACAGGCACCACUUUGCUCGCCCGAUCGAAAAAUGUUUACGCCGGGUUCCCGGAUAAUCGGUCGAAUAUUCGUAAGCUUUUAUCGAUAGCCCUAAGCCGAAAAACAAAUUUUAGUUAUGCACAUCGUCUGAAACCGUGGUAUAGAUACGUAUAUGCAUAUAUAUGUAUACAAACAUUAUGUACUUGUCUUGCUUACCCGUACACAAUAGGAUUAUGUACAAAUCUCCGUUUCAGAUUGACGGGUGUUUUUUUUUUUUUUUUCCCGAUACACGCAUACAUGUUAUAGGUAUUAUGAACGACGUAAUAAAAACGAGAAAAAAAAAAUCGGUUUUAUUCACAGUCCAACCAGGCGACCGCGAAUAUAAUUAUCAUUAUUGUUGAAGUUCGACGGCGCGUUAUGCACAUCGUACAAUUGUACUGUUUGUAUGCGCAUUUGUGUAACGUCAUAAUUGUUAUAAUCUAGCGACAACCGGCCGACGUGAAGUCAUUUACGUUUUCGUAUAGGAAUAAAUUCAUUACGGUCGGACGUUUGUCGGAUUCGAAGUUGCGUAAGAAUAAUUCGGUUUGUAAUGAUUCCGAUAAAAAAAAAAACAAAAAAACAACAUCAUCACGGCCGAAUGUAGUCUCUUCUUGAAUGUUAUCUGUACGCGACCCGUAGAAUAUUAUGCGCCUGCCUGUAAUACGUAUUAUACGUAUAAUAGUGUAUGUUUUACUAGAAGGCUUUUUCAGACCAACUCCCAAACGAUACCUACCCACUAUAAUACGCAUUUCCAUUUGAAUACGAUGCCGAACCGCGUACACAAAUACGAGUGCCUACUGGGUAGGUACAGAUAUAUAGGUGCAGAUGUAAUCCUCGUCGUUGUAAUUCGUACAGCGCAUUUCGUAUUAUUCAUAGAAACCAACGAUGUCGGACGAAAUAAAAAUCGUUAUUUAUUUAUACCGCGGUAGACGAAACCGUUUAUGAAACCACGUCGAAUCAGAAAAAUUAUAUUUUUUUUUAAUGUAUGCAAUGUGUGUACGCGUGUAUGUAUGUGAGUGUGUGUGUGUGUGUGUGUGUGUGUAUGAAUGAAUCGAAAAACAUAUUUCAUCGUUGCGUUUACCGAGAUCGGAUCGAUUCAAAAACGAAAAAAAUAAAAACAAACAAACAACCGGAGUCCGGAUUUUAUAGGUCCGUCACCGUGACGCCUGUAAAAUCGUCCUAUCGACUUCGGACCAACAUAAUUUUUAUGUACCCUAUUUUUAUCCUUUUGUAUCCCUUAAAAAAAAAAAAAAAAAAAUGUAUUUACUUUGAUUUAAAACGGUAUUUUAAAUACGGGUACUGAGGAGACCGUCUCUUAUCAAAGGUCAGCUAAAAAUCAUAGAUUUUGGACUUAUGCUAUUUUUUCGUACCCGAUUUUUAUACAUAUGAACCAAUUUCAAAAAUAAUUGUAUCCUCAUUCAGUUGGGCAUAAAAGCAGACCGUCUCCCCAGCAACGUCGCAACAUUCACCCUGAUAGCCAGGGCAAAGCUUCGGGAAACGGCCUCUCGUGCUAUUUUGUUAUUUGCUCUAUUGAAAAUUAA